AUGAGUCUGAAAAAUCUCCUUAUAAUCCUCUGUUUUGUCCUCGCCGCUAGCUUCGUCCACGUGUCUGCACAAAAAUGCGUGAACUCAACGUUCUUCAGACCCAACAGUACUUACGAUACAAACCGUCGUCUCAUCCUCUCAACUCUUCCUUCCAAUGUCGGUUCUCGAGACGGCUACUACACCGGUUCGGUUGGUGAAGUCCCUGAAAGAACAUUCGCCUUAGGUCUCUGUCUCCCAGGGGCAGAUCCAAAGGUCUGUUCCGACUGCAUCCAACUCGGAUCUAUCGGUUUAUUACAAAACUGUCUGAACCAGACCGAUGCAUACGACUGGAGAUCCCACAAGACGCUCUGUUUAAUCCGUUACGCCAACAGCUCCUUCUUUAGCCGGAACGACCUAGAGCCGACGGUGACAAUUGGAGAUAUCAAUAGUGGAACAUUUGAGGGGAAUCUUACGGCUUAUACCAAUAUAUGGGACGCAUUCAUGAGCUCUAUGAUCAGCCGAGUCGGUCAAAAUCGAUACCUAGCCGAUGUAUCUCCUCGGGUAGGUAAUGACAGUUUUAUAUACGUGUUGAUGCAGUGUAUUCCGGGGAUAUCACCUGAGGAAUGUCAAACUUGUCUUCGAGAAAAUGUGCGUGUGUACCAGAGUUGUUGCAAUGGGUUUAUAGGAGGAAGCGUUCGCAAGCCGGUCUGCUUUUUCCGGUGGGAUGGUUCUGAAUUUCUUGGUGCCUUUGGUCACACGCCAUCGUUAACUCCUCCAGAAUCUUCAGAUGGGAAAACAAUUUCUGCGGGAGCUAUCGUUGCCAUUGUUGUUUCUGUGGUUGUAUUCGUGGUGCUGCUCGCUUUAGGAUUAGUUCUUUGGAAGAGAAGACUUUCAUACAAAACAUUAAGACCUCAAACUGAUGAUGACAUGACAAGUCCACAGUCUCUACAAUUUGAUUUUACGACGGUUGAAGCUGCAACAGAUAAUUUUUCAAGGGAUAACAAGCUAGGUCAAGGGGGAUUUGGUGAAGUUUACAAGGGAAUGUUACCAAAUGAAACAGAAAUUGCGGUGAAACGGCUAUCAAGAAAUUCAGGACAAGGCACAAAAGAAUUUAAGAAUGAGGUUAUUCUUGUGGCCAAGCUUCAACACAAGAAUCUUGUUAGGCUUCUUGGGUUUUGCGUGGAAGGAGAUGAACAAAUACUUGUCUACGAGUUUGUUCCAAACAAGAGCCUUGAUUAUUUCCUCUUUGAUCCAACAAAGAAGAGUCAGCUAGAUUGGAAUGCACGGUACAACAUCAUAGGAGGGAUUACGCGAGGGAUUCUCUAUCUUCAUCAAGACUCAAGGCUAACAAUUAUACACCGUGACAUCAAAGCAAGUAACAUUCUUCUAGAUUCUGAUAUGAACCCUAAAAUAUCGGAUUUCGGAAUGGCUAGGAAUUUUAGAGUGGACCAAACUGAAGACAUGACAAGAAGAGUGGUUGGAACCUUCGGUUACAUGUCUCCAGAGUAUGUGACUCAUGGCCAAUUCUCUACCAAAUCUGAUGUCUAUAGCUUUGGAGUGUUGAUUCUAGAGAUUGUUUGUGGCAAAAAGAAUAGCACCUUUUCUCAGAAGGAUGAUGAUUCUGGUGGAAAUUUAGUUACACAUGUUUGGAAGCUGUGGAAAGAUGAUUCACCCUUAGAUCUCAUCGACCCCGCUAUUGGAGAAAGCUGUGAGAAGGAUGAAGUCAUUAGAUGCAUCCACAUUGGACUAUUAUGUGUUCAAGAAACUCCUGCCGAUCGUCCAGCCAUGUCUACAAUCUUUCAAAUGCUUACCAAUAGCUCCAUAAUCCUACCUGUCCCUCGACCACCUGGAUUUUUCAUAAAAAAUAGACCCAAUUUAGACCCUUUAACCUAUGGAUCAGAGCCAGGCCAGUCCAGCAGCAAGUCUAUUCCUUGUUCUAUAGACAAGGAAUCAAUCACAACAGUCACCCCUCGUUGA